CGUGUGAGCAUCAUGCGAGAAUGGAGUUUGACGUAUUUUACGCUUUUCGUGAGGAAAAACGCGGUUACCUCAAGCAUUUUGAAUAAUCCGGUUACAUUUGUGAUUCCUCACAUGUGAACAGAAGAUUUUACCUAUCUUGAUAUUAUCAAAAUAUGCAUGGUGUUGAGCAUUACCUGCAAAGAGCGUGCAACCCAGUACCAAAUAAUUAAGGACAAUUACAAUUAAAACCAUUCUGCAGAAAUCCAAGAAUGUAUUUAUGCCGUUUAAGUUACAUAAGGGGCCGUUGCAUUUUGUGGAGAGGUGCAUCAUCAACCACCACUAGUGAACCACCUGUGAAGGCUACAAAGAAGAAGCGGAAACCUAAGAAACACUAUGCAGAGGUUAUCCAGGUGGGGGCCAAGUCUACCAGUCUGGUGCAGCGGAGGGUUGCCAAGCUGGACCCGGCGCGAUGGUCGGGGGUGCAUUCGGUGCCUGUGCCCGUCCCGACACCCGCAGACGUCUCCCCCGCGCCACCGGUCGUCCCCUCCAUCCACCCUCCCUCCUCUACAACUCCCUCUGAUCCCACCCCAGAGGCGUCCUCACCAGUGGCGGGCUCCGAGCCGGACUCGCUGUCAGAGGACGUACCGCCGGCGGUGCUGGCCGAGACGGACGAGGACGCGCUGCCGGAGACUGUACCGGUGACCCCGCUGGGCUGCUUCGAGCCGGCGCUGGCCGAUGAGGCAGAGGGGGAGGCAGAGGUCGAGGAGGAGGUCUCCGAGCUCGACAUCACCAAGAAACUCCACCAAAAGAAGAAGCGGUCCGGCGGGCAGAAGCGUCCGGCCGGCUCCAGGGAAAAGGCGGCCGCCCUGCGACUCAUGGAACAGCAGGCCGCCGGAAAACAGGCCAGCUUCAUAUCCAGCCUCAAAUGCUACCUCGAAGUCUGUGUGAACAGCGGUCUUGUGAACCGCGCCUACAACACGCUGCUCUACUACCGCAACAUGAACAGGAACUUCCAGCGCACCACCGACGUACGCGACGUGCGGCUCUACAACGUGCUCCUCGCUGGCUUCGCGAGAAAGGGUCAGCUGGACCGCGUGCUGGACGCGCUGCGGGUGAUGCGGGACGACCAGGUGCGGCCGGACGCAGAGACGUUCGCCCUGGCCUUCCAGUGUCUGGGCCGACAGCCGCGCACGGCAGAGAACGUGCGCAACGCGCGCCGACUGCUCCGCGACAUGGACGAGGCGGGAGUCCGUAUGGAGGACGCCGGAGUCCGCGGCUCGGCCCGCUCGCUCGGAGUCCAGGCGCUCAGCUGGGCUGACCCGGAGCGGGCGCGUGCCUGGCCGCCAGAGCCGGUCCUCUACAACUGUCCCCUAGUGGACCACCUCAACGCCGACCUCGAAACCAAACAGGUGGAGCCUCCGGCGCUGGGCGUAGACCUGGGCCGCUCGUACCGCGAGUUGGCUCGGGAGCAGAUCUCCACGGAGCUGGCCGGGACUCUGACUGUAGCCAGCGUGUACCGGCCCAAAGACGAGCCCACGCCGCGGUCCAAGGAGCACAGUAACGCGUACAUGUCCCGUCUGGAGUCGGACUGGGAGGCCAGUCUCACCGCCGGCUUCCUCCGUAACCUCAGCCCGGUACGGCAGCAGUUCCACAGUAACCAGAUGAGCCGCUGCAUCAGCCUCUACCCCUACCUGACCGGCAUGGACGUGCGGGAGUACGUGCGUCUGAUGAUGACGGAGAUCCAGGGUCACCUGUCCGGCUCGGGCCAGGUGGCGCUCGGCCGGGCGGCGCUGCACAGGAGACUCGGCGAGCUGGCCAUGAAAAGAUACCAGAGUCACGUGAAGCAGACGUCUGGUCUGGUGGACCGGGUGCUUUCCGUGUACGACCGAUACCUGGAGGCCUACCAGGACCCGGCGGCGGCCGGCUACGUGCCGCGGGAGCGCUGGAGCCGCCUGGCCGCCGAGCGGCGCGACGGAGCUGACCUGGAGUACCGCGAGCGCGGCUGGUCGCCGGUGAUAAUCAGCAGCGUGGGUCAGUUCCUCUACAAACUGAUCCUGCACGACGUAAAAAUCGACCCCAGCAUCACCAAACUGGCCAAACUCACCGAACACCCGAUUCCGGCGUUUUACACGGUGUUUAACCGUGACGGUGCGCGCCACAAGGAGGUGGUUCGUCCGCACCCGGCGCUGGCGCGUCUGUACCGCGCCACGCGCCGCCACCAGAUCACGUUCGACGCCAACCUGGUGCCGAUGGUGAGUCCGCCGCUGCCGUGGAGCUCCCAGCUGGCCGGCGGCUACCUCAUGUCCUCGGCGCCGCUCAUGAGGGUCAGAGCGGCGUCCGCGGAGACGAGCUGCCAGCUGCAGCGGCUGCAGGAGACGCCCACGCAGCAGCUGUUCCCGGUGCUGGACUCGCUGAACCAGCUGGGCGCCAUCCCCUGGGUCAUCAACCAAAAGGUGCUGGACGUGGUGUUGCACGUGUUCAACAACGACGGCGACGAGUCGCUGGACAUCCCGGCGCCCGUGUCGCUGCUGCCGCCGCUGCCCACCAUCGAGCCCACAAUGACGCCCAGCGAAAAAUUCAAAGUGAAGCAGCAGCGAGUGCAGCUGAACCGUAAGAAGGCCGAGCAGUUCGGGCUGUGGUGUGACGCCCUCUACAAACUCAGUCUCGCUAACCACUUCCGUGACCGCGUGCUGUGGCUGCCGCACACGGUGGAUUUCCGCGGCCGGGCCUACCCGUGUCCGCCCCACCUCAGCCACCUGGGCUCCGACCUCUCCCGGUCGCUGCUGAAGUUCGCCCGCGGCAAAUCGCUCGGGCAGAGCGGACUCGACUGGCUCAAGGUGCACCUGAUUAACCUGACUGGUCUGAAGAAGCGGGACCCGACCUCUGAGCGGCUGCGCUACUGCGACGAGAUCAUCGACGACAUCCUCGACUCGGCCGACCGGCCACUCACCGGCUCUGGCUGGUGGCGCACCUCUGAGGAGCCGUGGCAGACGCUCUCCUCGUGUCAGGAGCUGGCGGCGGCGCUGCGCUCGCCGGACCCGGCCGCCUUCGUCAGCCAUCUGCCUGUGCACCAGGACGGCAGCUGUAACGGGCUGCAGCACUACGCGGCGCUGGGCAGGGACUCGGCCGGCGCCGCCAGCGUCAACCUGUCGCCGGCUGAGCGGCCGCAGGACGUCUACAGCGGCGUGGCCGCGCUGGUGGAGCAGCUGCGUCAGAAGGACGCGGCCGACGGCCUGCCGAUCGCCGCUGCCCUGGACGGCUUCGUGCGCAGGAAGGUGAUCAAACAGACGGUGAUGACAACAGUGUACGGGGUGACACGCUACGGCGCCCGACUCCAGAUCGCCAAACAGCUCAAAGAUAUUCCGGACUUUCCGAAGGAGCACGUGUGGCAGGGUUCUCACUAUCUGGUGACCAGGACCUUCAUGAGCCUGCAGCAAAUGUUCACCGCCGCCAAAGAGAUUCAGGACUGGUUCACCGAGUGCGCCCGCGUGGUCUCCUCGGUCCGCUCCGAGUCGGUCGAGUGGGUCACCCCGCUCGGCCUGCCCGUCGUCCAGCCCUACGUCCGCUCCAAUCACAAGACCGCCGUGCGCCCGCUCAGUGAGACUGGACGCAUGAGCCGGCCGCACUUCACACACGAGGCGUACGAGCGUCCGAACGCGAUCAAGCAGCGUAACGCGUUUCCGCCCAACUUUAUCCACUCGCUGGACUCGUCCCACAUGAUGCUGACCUCGCUGCACUGUCUGCACGCGGGCAUCACGUUCGUGUCCGUGCAUGACUGUUACUGGACACACGCCUCCACCGUCGACCAGAUGAACAAGGUGUGCCGGGAGCAGUUUGUAGCUCUCCACAGCCGACCGCUGCUCGAGGAGCUCUCCGAGGGACUGCUGGCCCGGUUCGGGAUCCCGCCGGACACAGAGUCCGGCGCCGGAUCCGGGUCCGGGCCCGGAGCCAUCCCGGAGGGCUUCCCCCGGGACCGGGUGAACAGAGUGCUGGCCGCCGUCCCGGAGCUGGGGGAGUUUGACCUCAGAGAGGUGCUCCGGUCGCCCUACUUCUUCAGCUAGUGGGUGGCGGGGCGGCAGGAGGUGCUGCUCAACGGAGGUGCUUCGGAAGAGAUGCUCUGGUGCUGCGUUGUUUGAAGAAAAGAGAUGAAGGCUCGCAAAUUAUGUGCCUGUUGCCGAUUCAUCACCUCUUCGGAUAUAAACGUGGAUGGUAUCUCCCGUAGUCGGAUUCAUGCAAUAAUUAUUCAGCAUCGUGCUGUGUCAUUUGUUCUCGAUGCCCUCCUAGUCUGCACAGAGUUGCUGGCAUUGUUGGCUGAAAAAUUUGGAGUUUUCGAGAGGUGUAGCAUAUGGCUGUGGUAGAACUAUGCGUGAAACUAGCCGCUGCAACCACGGCGUGUGUGUGAUUGCGUAGCAAGAGAUUUUAUAGAUGUUUUAUAGAGCGUAUAGUCAUUUGACUUGUACGAGUAGAAUAUGUCUGAGAAAGUUGUGUAACCGCACUUGUUUUGCUGAACCGCGAGAAGUUGUUGGUGGUCGGCUGUGAGAAUAUCGUGCAACGGUCAUUUGGAACGCAGUAAUUGUUUUCAAACGAUGGAACAAUUCAAUCCCGAUAGGUACUUACCUGUCCUAUUGUCAAUGCGAGUAAUAGACGUUCAUCGAAAAAUUGAUUCGUUAAGUUAUUACAUGCCGAGACUGAGCACUACUUUGUACGGCGGUUUCCAUAGACCGGCAAGUGAGUGGUCCUGUCAUUAUAGUCAAUAUGUAUUUGUAUUUACGAUCAUGGGCGAUCCACACAUGGCGUGGCGAUUACUGCCCAAUACUGUGCUCUGCUGUCAGUUGUGCAAUGAAAUGAGUCGUGUCGAAAAGCAUACUGUUCACAACGGAUACAUCUGGACUGCAUUCCCGCUCACUCCGAACGAACAGUGUCAUUGAGAGAGCGUGCGUGUGGGCUUAUCCACCGAUACCCGUGGUGCCAUUUGUCACCUGUGCCGUUCUGAACCCCUCCCCAGUCGCCCAUUGGACCAUUUCUAGUCAGGAAGACAGGCAAACUCGUCCCUCAUCUGUUCAGUACGAUGCUCACUGCGUUUUUAUAAUCAGCGUAGACAGGUGUCACCAGAAACUGAACUCCAAUACAGAACGGGUGAUUCGUGAA